UCUGCGUCUCAAGGCCAUUUUCACAUUUCAUUGGUGAGGUUGUCAUGUGGCAGAGAGGCAUCCUAAGCAACACGGACAUUGUUUUGCUAGAUAUGUCAGCCUACAAACGACAUCUCUCUCCUUUUAAAACUUCUCCAAAAUGUCCUUUCCCAACAGCUCUCCUGUUACUAAUACUUUUGUAGUUGAUUCGUUGAUUGGCGCUUGCAGGACUGACCGUUUUUACUCCAGCAGCAACAUGUACAUGCCGUCCGGUGCAGACAUGGGAAUUUACGGAAUGCAAACCUGUGGACUCUUGCCGUCUCUCGGUAAACGAGGGGACGUCAACCAUCAAAAUAUGGGCAUGAAUUUCCACCCUUAUAUACCUCAAAUUGAUAACUGGACAGAUCCCAGUAGACCUUGCGGAAUAGAGCAACCAUCCAACCAAAUGCCCAAUUGCACAUUUUCACAAAACAUUAAGGAGGAGAGUAAUUUCUGCAUGUAUUCCGAGAAGAGAGCAAAGGUCAACUCGUCCGAUGUCCCCGUAUAUACUAAUAUAAUCCCCGAAUCCCCGUGUUCAGUUGACUGCCCCGAGAUCCCUGUCCCAGGGUAUUUCAGAUUAAAUCAAACCUACUCGACUGGGAAGGACCAGGACUAUGGCCACGAGAAGACAAGUCCAAACAUCACAUUCAUGCAGCUCAACAGAGUUACUCCAAAACCGCAGUUGUCUUCCUUUUUUGUCGAACUGGAAAAGAAAACGGCCGAGAUACCGCAUAACCGGGAGACCAGCAAGACACCCAUCCCCGCGGAAAUCCCGGAUGCUACGUCCACCGCGCAACGGGAGGAGAACUGCUCCACUGAAUCUUCAGUCUCCAGCCCAGAGUUGACACAAAGACAAUCUAAAGACAGCAAAACGGACCCUCCAACGAGCAAUUGGUUGACUGCAACGAGCGGCAGGAAGAAAAGAUGCCCCUACACAAAGCACCAGACGCUUGAAUUGGAAAAGGAGUUUUUAUUCAACAUGUACCUGACUCGAGAGCGCCGUCUAGAGAUCAGUAAAGGCGUCAAUCUGACCGACAGGCAAGUCAAGAUCUGGUUCCAAAACCGCAGGAUGAAGCUCAAGAAAAUGAACAGUGAAAACCGAAUUCGGGAACUUACCUCAAAUCUCACCUUUUCGUGAGUUUGCUUACGGAAAGCUUGAUUUAUUGUCUUUUACCUCUAAGCGGUGGUGUGGUAGCAUCGGACUUGACUG